UGUUGAGUGAAAAAAAUUCUGAAACACAUCAUCCAGCCCUUAACAGCACUCUACUCACUAGUGCAUUUCUUAAUUUCUCUGCAGAAGACUCACAGUAAGCGGAAAGUUGGCGGUGUGUGAAUCUGCCGUGUUUUUGGCCCCUAUGGCCUUCCACAUUGCUGUUGGGUGCAAACUGAGCUGUGCUGCUCAAACUCUCAAACCUCAGCAAGCCCUGAAGAAACGAGGAUUAAAAGUGCUUCUUCACUGAUUAAACACUUCUGUUCUGCAGGAGGAUGGAGGGAGUGAGUUUACUUUCUAAAGUGCUGCUUUUUCUGCACGUGACUCUGUUUUUUCCUCACACACACUCAUCUGAAAUGAAAGUGAUUGAUGCGUUGGCGCUGAGUGGCGGAGCUCGGAUGGCGGCGGCGGUGGAGGAUUUGAUGGGAGGUUUGGAGAAAAUGCAGGAAGUGUACAUGACCUCUACAUUCCGUCUCCCUCCUAAAAUGGGCGGCGUGCUGUUCGGAAUCUACAGCAGAGACGACGGCAAGAAAUACCUGGAGAUCACCGUCAUCGGCAAGAUCACUAAAGUGUUAGUAAAAUAUUUGCGCUCUGAUGGGAAGCUCCACUCAGUCAAUCUGCAUAACCCCGCCCUCUCUGAUGGACGGAGCCAGUCACUCAUUCUCAGAGUGGGCGGACUCAGAAAGCGCCACAUCAGCUUUGAGCUCUACAUUAACUGCCGUCUGACUGACUCCGCCCACGGGCUGCCCUCAUUGGCCAAGCUGCCUUCAAAGGUGGAGUCUGUGGAGGUUCGUAGUGGAGAAAGGAACUUCGCCAGAAUGCAGGGUUCAGUGGAGUCUCUAAAGCUGGCUCUCGGUGGUUCUCUUCCUAAAGCUGGACUCCUCACUGACUGCUCACUGCAGGGAGACUCAACACUACACAACACAGUGGGCAGUGACGUUAACGCCAUGCUGGGUGAUCACACUAAGGCUCUGAUUGGUCAGCUGAUUAUAUUUAAUCAGAUUAUGGGCAACCUGAGAGAGGACAUCAGGGAGAUGACCAAGGAGAUGUCUUUAAUCAGGAACACCAUCCUGGAGUGCCAAGUGUGUGGUUUCCAUGAGCCUCAGUCUGGUUGUCAGUCUAACCCGUGUUAUGACGGGGUUGCGUGUGUGGAUGUGUUGGAGUUUCCGGGGUAUCGGUGCGGCUCGUGUCCCGCAGGCACAACAGGCAACGGCACACACUGCCAGGACAUCAACGAGUGUGCAGCACAGCCGUGUUUCUCUCCUCACAUGUGUGUGAACAGUGUUAAGGGGUUCCGCUGUGAGCCGUGUCCUCCGGGGUUCUCCGGGCCCGAGCUGAGCGGAGUCGGCAUGGAGUUCGCCCAGAACCACAGACAGGAGUGUGUGGACAUAGACGAGUGUGCGGCUCAGACCGGCGCCUGCGUCCCCAACUCCAUCUGCAUCAACACAGCGGGUUCGUUUCAGUGCGGUCAGUGUAAAGCGGGUUUUGUGGGGAAUCAGACAUCAGGCUGUUUUCUCAGGAGAACGUGCGCUCUGCUCGGCUACGAUCCAUGCGACGUCAAUGCUCACUGUGUGAUGGAGCGCAGCAGUGACUUCUCCUGUGUGUGUAACGUGGGAUUUGCAGGGAACGGGAACAUCUGUGGCGUCGACUCUGACCUCGAUGGCUAUCCAGAUGAAGCACUUCCCUGCAUUGAUAACGAUAAACACUGCAGAGUGGAUAACUGUGGCUCCACGCCGAACUCUGGUCAGGAGGACACGGAUGGUGAUGGUGUCGGAGAUCAGUGUGAUGAAGACGCAGAUGGAGAUGGAAUAAAGAACGUGGAGGAUAAUUGCCGUCUAGUGCCCAAUAAAGACCAGCAGAACUCAGACACAGACUCAUACGGCGAUGCGUGUGAUAACUGUCCAAACGUCCCUAAUGGAGAUCAGCUGGACACGGACGGUAACGGUGUGGGAGACAGCUGUGAUAGCGACAUCGAUGGAGACGGAAUCCCCAACAUGCUGGAUAACUGCCCGAAAAUCCCCAAUGCCAUGCAGACAGACCGGGAUGGAGACGGAGUGGGAGACGCAUGUGACAGCUGUCCUGAGGUCAACGACCCCACUCAGUCGGAUAUUGAUAACGACUUGGUGGGAGACGUCUGCGAUACGAACCAGGACACAGAUGGCGACGGUCUCCAGGACACGAGGGACAACUGUCCUGAAAUCCCCAACAGCUCUCAGGUGGACUCAGAUAACGACGGCAUCGGAGAUGAUUGUGACGACGACGAUGACAACGAUGGAGUUCCAGACGUUUCUUAUCCCGGUCCUGAUAACUGCAGACUCAUCCCAAAUCCUAACCAGAAAGAUUCAGAUGCUGACGGAGUGGGUGAUGUGUGUGAGAGUGACUUUGAUAAUGAUAAAGUGAGUGACGAGAUGGACGCCUGUCCUGAAAACGCUGACAUCACCAUGACGGACUUCCGAGCCUUCCAGACGGUCAUCCUGGACCCGCACGGGGCUUCCCAGAUCGACCCCAACUGGGUGGUGCUCAACCAGGGGAUGGAGAUCAUACAGACCAUGAACAGUGACCCUGGUUUGGCUGUGGGCUACACAGCGUUCAAUGGCGUUGAUUUUGAGGGCACAUUCCACGUGAACACGAUGUCCGAUGAUGACUACGUGGGCUUCAUCUUCGCCUACCAGGACUCGUCCAGCUUCUACGUGGUGAUGUGGAAGCAGACGGAGCAGACGUACUGGCAAAACCUGCCCUUCACAGCACUGGCUGAACCUGGUCUGCAGCUAAAGGCAGUGAAGUCUCGCACAGGUCCGGGUGAGUAUCUGCGUAACGCACUGUGGCACACCGGCAGCACAAACGGAGAGGUGACGCUGCUCUGGAAGGAUCCCAGGAAUGUGGGAUGGAAGGAUAAAACGUCGUACCGCUGGAGCCUCAGCCAUCGGCCACAGGUCGGCUACAUCAGAGUGCGUCUGUAUGAAGGCACUGCUCUGGUCGCUGACUCCGGCGUGGUGAUUGACACCUUGAUGAAAGGAGGACGCCUGGGUGUUUUCUGCUUCUCACAGGAGAACAUUAUCUGGUCUAAUCUGGGCUACCGCUGUAACGAUACAAUCCCAGAUGAUUUUUACCUCCACCACAAACAGAUGAACCUCAGCACGGGAGCGUAGACGAGCGCCCACGUCUUUAAUCACUGCAUCAUACAACCUGAAGUUACCACAGUCUGCAGUGUGCGUGUGUGUGUGCUAGUGCUGUGUGUGUAUAUGUGUGUGUGCUAGUGCCAUGUGUGUGUGUGUGUAUGUGUGAGUGCUAGUGCCAUGUGUGUGUGUGCUAGUGCUGUGUGCGUGUGUGUGCAUGCUAGUGCUGUGUGCGUGUUAGUGCUGUGUGUGUAUGUGUGAGUGCUAGUGCCAUGUGUGUGUGUGUAUGUGUGAGUGCUAGUGCCAUGUGUGUGUGUGCUAGUGCUGUGUGUGCAUGUGUGUGCAUGCUAGUGCUGUGUGCGUGUUAGUGCUGUGUGUGUAUGUGUGUGUGCUAGUGCCCUGUGUGUGUGUGUGUAUGUGUGAGUGCUAGUGCCAUGUGUGUGUGUGCUAGUGCUGUGUGUGCAUGUGUGUGCAUGCUAGUGCUGUGUGCGUGUUAGUGCUGUGUGUGUAUGUGUGUGUGCUAGUGCCCUGUGUGUGUGUGUGUAUGUGUGAGUGCUAGUGCCAUGUGUGUGUGUGCUAGUGCUGUGUGCGUGUGUGUGCAUGCUAGUGCUGUGUGCGUGUUAGUGCUGUGUGUGUAUGUGUGUGUGCUAGUGCCCUGUGUGUGUGUGUAUGUGUGUGUGCUAGUGCCCUGUGUGUGUGUGUGUAUGUGUGAGUGCUAGUGCCAUGUGUGUGUGUGCUAGUGCUGUGUGUGCAUGUGUGUGCAUGCUAGUGCUGUGUGUGUAUGUGUGUGUGCUAGUGCCCUGUGUGUGUGUGUGUAUGUGUGAGUGCUAGUGCCAUGUGUGUGCUAGUGCUGUGUGUGCAUGUGUGUGCAUGCUAGUGCUGUGUGCGUGUUAGUGCUGUGUGUGUAUGUGUGUGUGCUAGUGCCCUGUGUGUGUGUGUAUGUGUGAGUGCUAGUGCCAUGUGUGUGUGUGUGCUAGUGCUGUGUGCGUGUGUGUGUGUGUGUGCAUGCUAGUGCUGUGUGUGUGUGUGUGUAUGUGUGUGUGUGAACGUGCAUGUCUCUGUGCGUCUGGACAGUGUUUUCCUUUUUUUUUUUUUUUUUUUUCUAAACAAAUGAUUGUCUAUUACUACGUAUCUGUAUUAGAGAAUUUUAGAGAAUUUGCAAACUAGAAAUGCCCUCAGCUCUACGUGCCCCACCCUCUUCCCCUGCUAAACCAAUGAAAGAGCAGGAUUUGCAUAUUAAAAUAUGAUAGGGUUUUACAUUUUAUAACACAAUAAAUCCUGUCUGUCACAUAAUACUCAAAUGAGCAAAAAUUUUUCUUUUUUUCUUCUUUCUGUUUUUUGGGGCUAUUUGACUAGUCCUCAAGUUUCCCUGAACUAAAUAAAUAUGUUUUAUAAUUGAAUUAAAAAUGUUAAAUAAGGUGCAGGGCCAGUGUCAGUGCUUGAGUAUAAUACAGUCUAGAGCUAUUUCACUGUUACAGCUGGAUUUUUAACAGAAACGUAUUGAUUCAUUCGACUUUACACUCCAGUGUUUGCUUAUUAUUAUGGUGCUAAGUCCACUUCCUCCUCAGUGUGUGUGUGUGUGUGUGUGUGUGUGUGUGUGUGUGUGCGCGAGAGAGAGAUAUCUGUACUGUAUGUAACACUGUAACUAACACAGCAUACACUCGUGUCAUGGAUUUGUUCAACUGUAAUUAACAACACUGUUUAUAAAUAAAAGUAAAAAAAUCCUAUUUCAGGCUUGACUAAGUUCAUAGUGUGAGAUGUGUAAGGAAUAAAACACUGGGGGGGUCAUUCUAUUAUAGGAAAAUAAUCAACGAUGGAGUGGCAUGAUUCAGCUCAAAGCAAAAGAAAACAACAUGUCCCGAAGUGUUUUAUUCCUCUUAUACUACAGCAAUUUGCCAUUACGAUAUAUUAUUUAUUAAAGAAUGAUUUUUUUUCCUAUUAAUGGUUGUAAGAAUACAGCCGGCUCUGCCUUGUGCUAUCACCAGAGGGAGACAGAGAGCCGCCAGAAACAUUAGACCAGCUUCAGCAGUCAGAGGGAGGCAGAGAACUCAGUCUUAAUUAUAAUCAUUGGCAAUCAGCUCCACCUGUGGCUGGGUGGAUUUAAGGAGAGCUCUUCACUCACCCGUGCGUAAGUCUUGAGUUGGCCUUGCUAUGUGCUGGUGGCUCAAGUCUCAGCCGGUAAUGUCCUGGGUAGAGCUUUGUCAUUUCUCUGGCUUCUCUAGCCCACUUUUGAGCUCCCUAUAGCUCUCAGUCUAAAUGUGAUUCAAUCUCCUGGUUUAAAGUGCAGCCACGAACCAGAGAGAUGAACGUGACCACCGCCGUUCACACUGAUCUGGGACAGAGACCGUGUACAGGAUUCAUCUAUAACACGAGCACGGCUGAUUCGGGGAUUUACUACUGCUCUGUAAAACACAGUGUGAUCUCCUACAUGGGCAACGGCUCCACCGUCAUCAUUACAGAGCGCCAUCCUCGUCCCAUCAUAACUCCCUACGUCCCGGAUGUGAGUGUCGGACCCUCCGUCUCUCUGCAGUGUGUGGUGAUGGGGGUCGUCCCAUCUGAAGUGAGUGUUUCCUGGGUCAUAGGUGAAUCAGAGAUGACCGGGUGGACGGAGUCGGGCUGGACACACACCAACGACUCGGCUGUAGAAUACACACGCGCUCAUAUCAGCAUUCCCUCAGAGAACUGGAUGGAGGCUCAGAAUGUGGAGUGUGUGGUCGAGGCUCCAGUCAGGUGUGUUCAUGGUUGCUGUAUUUGGGCUCUGUUGUGGUCUUGGCCUUCAUUACUGUGAUCGUUACUGCUGUUUCUGGGAAGCGCAAUAUAUAAGAUUGGACAUGAUCUGCGUUGGUGAACAUGGAAGCACCACUUUAAACCAGAAUCGUUAAAGUUUUUCUUGCUUAUUAUUUGUUUGUAAAAUGUCCAA